AUGGCGACGGAGCAACAAGAUUCGCGACUCUGUUUGGCAUCGAUUCUGGAGGAUUUUCUUAAACAACGAAACGUUCAAGUUAGCGUCGGUGUUGAUUCGAGCUCGAAAAAUGCAGAUGAAACUUUGGGAGGAAGAGAUUUGCAAGUAGAUCCGUCAGACUUGAGAAGGUUUGAAGCAGCAAGAUGGAUAAGAAACACACUUGGUGUAGUUGGAGGCAGAGAUUUGCCAGCAGAUCCUUCAGAGGAAGAUUUCAGAAUUGCAUUGAGGAGUGGAAUUUUGCUCUGCAACGUCCUCAACAGAGUUAAACCUGGUGCUGUUCCAAAAGUCGUUGAAGCUCCAAAUGAUCCUCUGGUUAAUCAAGACGGUGCAGCUCUGUCUGCAUUUCAGUACUUUGAGAACCUUCGUAACUUUCUUGUGGUUGUGGAGGAAAUGGGUAUUCCCACAUUUGAAGUCUCCGAUUUUGAGAAGGGAGGUAAAUCGGCAAGAAUUGUGGAGUGUGUUUUGGCUCUCAAGUCAUAUCGGGAGUGGAAACAGAGCGGUGGAAGCGGUACGUGGAGAUACAUUGUGAACUCGAAACCAACCACGUUUGGGAUCGGCAAACAAUACAGACGCAAAGACUCAGAAGCACCUGUUGAUGUGGUCACAAGUAGUAGCCCUUCUUCUACUCCACCGAGUGAACAACUUUUGUGUGAUCAGUCUGAUUCGAAUACUAAACAUGGAGGAAGUGACUAUUCAAUAGAUGCCAUUGUCCGUGCCGUAUUUUCUGAUAAGAAGCAAGAAGAAAUUCCCGGUAUUGUGGAAGAUAUGCUGAGAAGUGUCAUGGUAGAAUGUGAACAUAGAUUGGCCACCCAAUACGAAUUGCUUCAGAUGAACAAACAGAAGCUUGACUCUGGCGAUUUUGCGAGAAGUAAUUCAUGCAAUGAUGAGACGCUAAGUGAUGCUUCGCACGGAGAAGAAAAUUUGACAAAUAUUGUAAACAACAACAUGGAAGCUUCUCAAGAUGGUGAGCUCUAUGCAAUUUCAAAAGAGAAGACCGAGAAGCAACAAAUGAUAAUCGACAGACAGCAAACUCAUACUGAGGAAAUGAAACACGAUCUAAAGGCUAUAAAAGCAGGUCUCAGUCUCUUGCAGAUGAAAUACCAGCAAGAGUUUACAAGCUUAGGCAAGAAUUUGCAUGGAAUUGCUUCUGCAGCUUCAGGAUACCAAAGAGUUCUUGAGGAAAAUCGGAAACUUUACAAUCAAGUCCAAGACCUCAAAGGGAGCAUAAGGGUUUACUGUCGAGUGAGACCGUUCUUGCCUGGUCAAAAAAGUAUCUCAACUACAGUGGAUAACAUAGAGGAGUCAACUAUAUCAAUUGCGACACCUUUAAAGUAUGGAAAAGAAACUCAAAAAUCAUUCACCUUCAACAAAGUGUUUGGCCCUUCAGCAUCGCAAGAGGCGGUGUUUGCAGACACUCAACCUCUGAUCCGCUCUGUUCUUGAUGGCUAUAAUGUGUGCAUAUUUGCUUACGGCCAAACAGGAUCCGGAAAAACUUUCACCAUGAUGGGACCUAAUGAGCUGACGGAAGAGAGCUUAGGAGUAAACUACAGAGCACUGAGUGAUCUCUUUCAUCUAUCAAGUGUGAGAAAAGAAACGUUUUCAUAUAGCAUUUCAGUCCAGAUGCUUGAAAUCUACAACGAGCAAGUACGAGAUCUCCUUGUUACUAAUGGCCAAACCAGCAGAUAUCCUUUUCUAAGACUUGUGACUUCUGUAAACUCACUAGAUGGAAUCAACGUGCCAGAAGCGACACUGGUUCCAGUCUCCACAACUUCGGAUGUCAUCUACUUGAUGAAUCUUGGUCAAAAGAAUCGUGCGGUCAGUGCCACAGCCAUGAAUGAUCGCAGCAGUCGCUCUCACAGUUGUCUCACGGUACACGUUCAAGGAAAAGAUCUGACAUCAGGAGCCACUCUAAGGGGUUCAAUGCAUUUGGUAGACCUUGCCGGAAGCGAAAGAGUGGACAAGUCUGAGGUCACUGGUGAUAGGUUGAAAGAGGCACAACACAUUAACAAGUCUCUCUCUGCUCUUGGGGACGUCAUUGCAUCUCUCUCUCAGAAGAACAAUCACAUCCCUUAUCGCAAUAGUAAACUCACACAACUUCUCCAGGACUCGUUAGGAGGACAAGCGAAAACGCUCAUGUUUAUCCACAUAAGCCCUGAAAUAGAUGCUCUAGGAGAAACACUUAGCACCCUGAAAUUUGCAGAGAGGGUGGCCACUGUUGAGCUCGGUGCCGCUCGUGUCAACAAAGACACUUCUGAGGUUAAGGAACUCAAAGAACAGAUUGCUAGUUUGAAACUAGCUCUAGCGAGAAAGGAGAGUGAGGCAGAUCAAACGCAGCAACCAAGACCACUUACACCUGAUAAAAUCCUCAGAAGGAAGUCACUUGGCGUUUCUUCUUCAUUCUCUAAAUCAGCAAACACAAGACAGUUCCAGACUAAACUUAAGCCGCCACAGACUAUUGAUGAUGUCAACAGCAUUGAGGGUCAAAGUGACUCUGCAUCCAGCGUUGACUUACAAGGACUAGUAGGUUCCCCUUCAUGGAAAAGCCCGUCCAUAGAUGGGAAAGAAGAGGAAGUGGAAUUUAUAUCAGGUAGUGAGUGGGUUGAUAAACACGAGGACGAACUCACCCGUAAUAAAAACAGAUCAGCACAGACACAGCUUGAUAGGCGACUGUCUAGCUUGAAACGUGAACCAUCGAGAGGUUUAGAUAAAGGAUCUGAGGUAAGGAAGAUUCCAUACGAAGAAGAAGCCAACGAGUCUGAUGAAACCGCAACAAGUGACUGCUCGGAUACGAACAUGAUGUGGCAGUUGAAUGUUCAAGUGAAUAUGCCUAGAGUAGCCUCUAACGGUUCUUUGGGUUCUUCAACAAAGCUAAAGAAGAGUCAAACAAAAACCAGUAGAGUUGUUGAAACCAAGAGUAUGAUACCUUCGUUAAUUCCGGCGCCUACAAGGAGAUUAUCGCUUGGAGCUAUCAACUUACCAGGACAAACUUCCUCAAGGCAUCAUUCCACAGUAGCUGUGAAGAAGAGACAAGCUCCCAAGUCAUAA